AUGUCCGGAUUCUAUAGCCCAGGUACAUUUCAGCAGUACAUUCUUGGAUCAGCACAUUAUGUUACCCCUAUUCCAGAUGACUUGCCCUCCGAACAGGCUGCACCCAUGUUAUGUGCUGGCAUAACAGUUUACGCUGCACUCAAACGCUCAAAGGCCCAACCGGGUCAAUGGGUGAUCAUUUCCGGUGCUGGGGGUGGGCUAGGUCAUCUAGCUACGCAACUCGCCAGUCGUGGUCUCGGCCACAGAGUCAUUGGCAUUGAUCAUCACAGCAAAGAGGAUGUUGUGCGAGAGUCGGGCGCAGAGCAUUUCAUUGACAUUACUCAGUUCUCACCAGAUGGAAAGGGGACGGGAGAGAUCGUCGAAAAGGUGAAGUCCCUGACAGGGGGUUUUGGUGCUCAUGCAGUCAUCGUGUGCACCGGAUCCCAUGCCGCAUACGCACAAGCAUUACUCAUGCUGCGUUCAAACGGCACGUUGGUCUGUGUCGGAAUCCCGGCACACAGCAAAGACCCAAUCGCCUCUUGUUCUCCAGGACUCCUGGUUGCUCAGUCUCUUAAUAUAGUUGGCUCUAUUGUAGGGAAUAGAAAGGACGCAAUUGAAGUUAUGGAUUUUGCGGCAAGGGGUAUCAUCAAGGCUCAUGUACGUGUUGAGAAGAUGGAUAAGCUUACGGAAGUCUUCGAGCAGCUGGGUCGGGGCGAAUUACAGGGAAGGGUCGUCCUGGACUUGUCUUGA